UUAGUAGGACUGGAAAAGUGGGGGAUUUUUGUUGUACCCAGAUUGCCGAGGUUAGACUUUAAGAUGAUAAAGGGCAUGGAAACUGACAGCGUAUUGUUUAAGUGACGUAUACAAUAACCGCUGGCCAAGAAAUCAUUUAAAUGUCAAGAAAACACCUGAAACGACCGUUCACGACCGUUAAUAUUUAAAUUACUACGUUUGGAGGAGCACGUGAAGCAGCGAUGUUGUUAUUCCCCAAUCCUCUAUGCCACUGGUUUUCGAGGUAUGGGAGAUGUGUUUUUUUGUAAAUAGAGUGGAUAUUUUGCAAAGUACAAUUUUUACAAAUUAGUACGACGUUGGUCAGACAUUAGAACUGUUUAUCAUGCAAUAGGAGGAAGUGAAUUCGUGAGUUAACCUGAAAGCUAAAGCUAGCAGCCGUUAGCUUCCAGUUGUGUCAAAACAGGGGAGGCGACGGGCAAGAGGAACAUGUAAAGACCGACUGGAGUUUGUUUAGUGGUCGGCUCUUUAGGUUUCAGUGGCGAUGGCAGUUUCCUCACAGUAGCAUGUCUGACUAGGAGACACGCUGUUGUUAGCUUCAGUGAUGGGCAUGACCAGUCGAAUCGAGUGCAUAUUCUUCAGUGAGUUUCACCCUACCCUGGGUCCAAAAAUCACCUACCAGGUUCCAGAGGAGUACAUUUCCCGUGAGCUCUUUGAUACAGUGCAAGUUUACAUUAUCACCAAGCCAGAGCUGCAAAACAAACUCAUCACUGUAACUGCCAUGGGUAAGAAGCUGAUUGGUUGUCCUGUGUGCAUUGAGCAUAAGAAGUACAGCCGCAAUGCCCUGCUCUUUAACCUUGGCCUUGUGUGUGAUGCACAAACCAAAACAUGUGCCCUCGAGCCAAUUGUCAAGAAGCUUUCAGGAUACCUCACAACUCUAGAGCUGGAGAGUGGCUUCAUAUCCAACGAGGAGAGUAAGCAGAAACUGUUACCCAUAAUGUCGACUUUGUUAGAGGAACUCAAUGCCACCGGAGCCUGCACUUUACCUAUAGAUGAAUCAAACACCAUCCACCUCAAACUCAUCGAGCAGCGCAAGGAUCCACAGAUUGUGCAGGAAUAUGAUGUGCCUGUUUUCACUCAAAGCAAAGACCACUUUAUCAAAUCCCAGUGGGAUCUCACCACUCAGCAGAUCCUGUCCUAUAUCGAUGGAUUCAGACACAUUCAGAAGAUCUCUGCUGAGGCAGAUGUAGAGCUGAAUCUCGUCCGUAUUGCAGUACAGAAUCUCCUGUACUAUGGUGUUGUAACUUUGGUGUCCAUAUUUCAGUACUCUAAUGUGUACUGCACGACACCUAAAGUCCAGAGCCUCAUAGAUGACAAGUCCAUUCAGGAAGAGUGCCUCACAUAUGUCACAAAGCAGGGUCAGAAGCGGGCCAGUCUAAGAGACGUGUUCCAGCUAUACUGCGGCCUGACUCCAGGCACCACAGUGCGGGACCUGUGCUCGCGCUACUCACAGCAGCUUCAGAGGGUUGAUGAGAGGAGGCUGAUCCAGUUUGGUCUGAUGAAGUCUUUAAUCCGCCGGCUGCAGAAGUAUCCUGUGAAGGUGAUUCGUGAUGAGAGGAGCAGGCCGCCUCGUCUCUACACCGGCUGCCAUAGUUACGAUGAAAUCUGCUGCAAAACAGGAAUGAGCUACAAGGAGCUGGAUGAGCGACUGGAGAAUGACCCAAACAUCAUUGUAUGCUGGAAGUAAUAUGAGACAAACUGAUGGCAGUUUCACCUGAGACAGGAAAAACAGAGCACGAGCCAUAUGGUACAAACAACUAAUGCUGGCCUCUAUUUGAAAAAUUACAGAACUGCUUCAACCAAAGAUGCCUAUUGCUGUGUCCUCAGUGCCCCAAAGCAAAGCCUUCAAUGAGAGUUUAAUAGUCAAACACUGGAGGAGGCUUUUUUCAAUUUUUAUUCUGUUGGUUUUUAGUUCAUUUUAUCUGUGUCUCAUCAUCUUGAAAUGCUGCAGUGACAGUACACUGUCAGAUUCACACGAGGAAGGUGAUAUUUAUUUACUAAUAUUGUUCAGAUUAAGAUGUGUCACUAAUAAAAUGUCAGUUGCCUCAUAUCACAGU